GUCCCAGGUGUAACCGGAGCCGGCAGGGCGCGGCACACCACCACCUGCCCGACCUGUCGGGCGGCUCACACCGGGUCCCGCCGCGCACACAGCUCUCUCUCUCCCCGGCCCGCUCCUCGGAAGCAUUUCCUCGGUCCCUUCGCGCCGCGAAGCCAUGGAGCUGCUCCGCGGGACCGCGCUCCUGCUGCUGCUCUGCGCCGCUGCCUGCGCUCAGGACCCGUGCACCUGCACAAAGAACAAGCGCGUCACCAACUGCAGGAUGAUCGACGGCGUCUGCAACUGCAACUCCAUCGGCUCCAGCGUGUCCGUCAACUGCGAGACCCUGACUUCCAAAUGCCUGUUGAUGAAAGCUGAAAUGUCAAACACGAAAUCGGGCCGCCGUGAGAAACCCAAAGAUGCGUUUCAAGAUACUGAUGGUCUUUAUGAUCCUGAAUGUGAAAAUACUGGUGUCUUCAAGGCAAAGCAGUGCAAUGGAACCACCUGUUGGUGUGUGAACACAGCUGGUGUUAGAAGAACUGACAAACAUGACACAGACCUGAAAUGCAAUCAGUUAGUCAGGACGAUGUGGAUCAUCAUUGAAAUGAAGCAUACUGAGAGAAAAACUCCUCUGAAGGCGGAGUCUUUAACAAAACUUCUUAAGGAUACAAUUACCAGUCGUUACAUGUUGGAUGGACGCUAUAUAACUGGUGUUACGUAUGAAAAUCCCUCUGUUACUAUUGAUUUGAAGCAAAAUUCCUCAGAUAAAUCCUCUGGAGAUGUGGAUAUAGCUGAUGUGGCCUACUACCUUGAAAAAGAUGUAAAAGGUGAUUCCAUCUUUCUUAACGCGCUAAACAUGAGUAUCGAUAAUGAAGCGCUGACUUUUGAGAAUGUGAUGGUCUACUAUGUUGAUGAAGUACCACCAGAGUUUUCCAUGAAGUCUCUGACUGCUGGCGUUGUUGCUGUCAUUGUUAUCGUCGUACUAGCAGUAGUUGCUGGAAUUAUUGGUCUGGUUCUCUCAAGAAGGAAAAAAGGGAAGUACGUGAAAGCAGAGAUGAAGGAAAUGAAUGAAAUGCAUAGAGGACUGAACGCAUAACUGAAAUCAGCUGAAGACAGAGUGUGAUUCAGAUGAGAAAAGGACAGAAACAUGGGAGGCAUGGAUCUUAACUCUUGGAAGAUUCUUUCUGAAGGGGAGUCAGUUGUGUUCGCUUAAUCAUUGUUAAAACAAAGCCUAGACCAAAACGAAGCCUAGACCGGCAACCAUGAUCCUUCUUUUGUUAUUUGUUGAGAGUUAAAUGCCCCAUUUUUACUCUAGUCCAACUAUCACUCCCUGAUUUUUUUGUAAUGAGAUGUGCUGACAACUGCUGCUACUAGGCUUCCAGAGCAUAAAUGUUUAAAUAGUUCUUUUAGUCCUGUGGGAGGUUUUUUUUUUAAUGAUCUUUAGCCAUGUCAUAAUGACAAUUUGGCUCGUGUAUAAUGGAACAUGGCUUUGUUUUUAUGGCAAUUUGUACAUACUUGAACUAGCUGUAACUUUUUUUUAUGACAAAACAAUAAAACUUUUGAAACGGG